AUGUUUUCAUUUAUCAAGUCCCAUAAAAAAUCACAUUCUUUAGACUUGAACCCUAAUAAAUCCAACUCAAAUGCAUCAACCCCUAGUGCAGUUACCCCUACUACGCCUACAAGGUCAAGGGCAUCUGGAGAUCAUGUUCAAAGAACACCUCCUCCGUCAACCUCAAAUAUGGGCUCUCCUAGAACUCCCUCUACUGAUUCACCCUAUAAAAGACAUAAAUUUCCUGGAAAUCUUUUUCGAAACUCAGUCUCUGACUAUAGCACUUUUGAUUUACCGAUGUCUAAUGUUACCCCUUCCUUACCUCCAAAUAAUGUCUCAAAAUCACCUGCUAUAAGAGGUACCAUAACACAUUCUUGGGGUACAGCCACUUCAUCACAUAAAGAAAGUGUAGUACCACAAAGUGUCAUUGUGUUGAACACAUCUACCGAAACUGUGAAUAUUACAUCUCCAAAAAAAUAUAGAAAUAAUAGUAAUAAUAGUGCCAUAAGCGAUGGAAGUACAAGGAGUACUAGUACAUCUAAAGAGAAAAAAAAUCUCAAUAGAAAUAUCAAAAUAUUGUCAAAUGAUGAUUUUAUCAAAAUGAGUAAGAGCUCUAGUAUAAAUCCAGAUUUUUUAAAUUCAGUGGGUUUGAAUACUAUGGAAGAUAUUACCGAUCCAUCGUUAGAAGUAGGGUCUGGUUUAUUAAAAGGUAUAUCUUUAGAUGACCCUGCAAUCAUUAAUGGAGCAUCUUUUACUAAUGAUCAUAGCAUAAGAUCAUCUUCAUUUGAAAGGCAACGUGUCAAGGAUUCUUCCUCAUUUGAGAAGUAUUCUCUGAAUUCUAUAAAGACAGCAAAUAGAAGAUCUUCUCUAGAGCAAAAUUCCAUUAACGUAACCCCUUCAAUUGAAAAGUAUGGAAUUAGAAAGUCUUCCUCCGUUGAAAAGAAUACUGCAUCAACUAAUAGAUCAUCUUCAUUAGAAAGUAAUCACAUUAUGAGAGGGCGACUUUCAUCAUUGGAAAAUAAUCCUACAUAUGCAAACAGAUCAUCGUCAUUUGAAAAACUUACAGCAAAUAGAUCUUCAUGUUCAGAUAUAAAUUCUAAAGGUAAAGUAUCCUUAGAUAAUUCGUAUCCUGUUACCACAAGAGUUGACAAUAAAACUAUUAAAGAUAAAUAUAAUUCAGUGGAUAUUGGCAUACCAAAACAAGUUUCUGACACUAAUUUCCUAAAGUCAGAUAUCAUCGUACAAAAUUCUAUAGGAACUCCUGCUUCCCAAAAAGUAUCGAGUCAUCAACAUAUAAAUUUAUUAAAUCCACCUGAUAUUGUACAUAAGCAGAAAGCUGCCAACUCAAAUUUGCCAAAUAAUGAUGGCAUUAAUCUAAGCGCUGUAAAUUAUAAUAAAAUGAAUCAUGAUACUGUCCAUAAUAUGAAGCAUCUUACUGCACAUAAUACCAAUUAUUCUACGACUUAUAAUACAAGCUAUACAGCAGCUCAUAACUCAAAUUCAGAUGUGUCUGUCACUACUGCAUUACCUAUUCUUACAGAAACCAAAGAUUAUAAAACUCCAUCAAAUAAUUCUGACGCAGAAAGUUCAAAUUAUAGUGAUUUUAGCGAUUAUGAUGAAGAUGAAGAUGAGGACGAGGAAGAUGAUGAUAAUACUUCAAAAUUCUCUUUCGAAUAUAAUACCAUUAAUGGCAGAACUGCAUCUAUGAAAUAUUAUUCAUUUGAUACCUCUAAUAACCAAGAUUCUACUACUGAUAACAAUAAAGUAUAUAUUGAUGAUGUUUAUGAAGAUGAAGAUUUUGAUGAAGAUUUAAAUUACUAUGAUGAUUUUGAUAUUCAUGAUUUUGUCAAUAAUGAUGAUGAAUUUUUAUCAAAUAAAUAUAUUGAUGAUGAUGAUUUUAGCGAUGAAAUGGUUAAGUCCUGUGGUAAUAAUAUUGCGUUGAGGAGUCAUGCGACACCAAAAAUUACUAAUCCUAUUGAUACAGAUAAUUUUACUAACGAUAUUCAUGUUCCAAUAAUAAAAAAUUCGAUGGAUACUGUCAAAAAUUCAGAAUCAAACAUUCCGGAGAAAAAAAAAGUCAUAAAAUCAUAUAAUGAUUUGUUCCUGGACUCAGAUGAGGAUAAUAACUAUGCUAAUCAGAGUAAUAAUUAUUUGAAUGAUGAUAGCACCGAGGAUAGUGAUGAAAGUUCUAUAGUAUCGUCGGUCAAAAGGUUAAGUUUACAGAAGACUCCUGAAAUUAUGCUGCAUUAUAAUUCAAAAACUGACUCUGAAGGUACUUCACCAAUGAAGGUUAGCUCGGUAAUAGCUACACCUAUUUCCAAUACCAUUGAUGAAGUCAUGGUGCCUAAUCAAGCCACAGAUAGUUCUCGUGAAAGCAAUAAGAAUAUUUUAGGUGGAAAACCGCCAAUAAUUCCAACGGUUAAAAUUACCAAACAAUCGCCUAUAAAAUCGUUUUCUGAUAUAUUUGAUUUAUCUGAUGAUGAUGAUGCAAGCAGCUUCAAUUUUAAUGACUCUAUUACGGAUGAAACUAUGAAAGUUAUGGCUUCAGAUACACCAAGCAAUAGUACGAAUAAUAUUAUCAAUUCACCCCUAAAUGAUCUUUCGACUCCCGUAAAUAAAAUUACAUAUUCUUCUAUGACUCCAAUAUCCACAAAUUCAAUUAUAAAUCCAAUUCCGAAUGCAACACCGCCUUCUGUCCCAGGUCCUCACUUAACUUCAUUUAGUAAUUCCUCAAGAUCAUGGCUGCAUCAAACACUAAAGUAUCAUCAAUUAAACAGUAAUUUAGAUAGCGAAAUUUCUGGUCAAAUGAUGAAUAACUUAUAUUUUAUUGAUGAAGUGGAGGAAGAUGAAUAUAAUUCAAAAGUCCAAGAUAAUAUUUCGGAUAACGAUGAUUACUACUUGGAUGAAGUUAACAAUGUUCCUGAAGAUUUUAAUUACGAUAACCCCAAUCAUAAUUCUUUACGGUCAAACUCUACUGGUUCUCCUAUUUUGCGAACUACUAAUAAAAUUACUUUCAGAAAUACCCAUAGCUAUCAUGGGAAGCCUAUUCAAAUUGCUAAAGAAGAUACCCCAUUAAAGAAAAAACUGGAAUUUAAAAAUAAAACUGUAACUUUUUUCAAUCAUAAUUUCCCAAGUCAUAGUAGAUCUCCAUUAAGAGAUGUUACAACCAGAUCAUUUUCUUCUCCAGAAAAAAUAGACGUUACUAGUAAACAUAUGUUUAUAAACGACAGCAAAUUACAUAUUAAUAAUACUAAUAUCCAUAAUAAUAAUAGCAAUAAUACCCAUAUUCUUAAUAAUUGUAGUGGUCAUAUUAAUAAUAAUAAUAAUAAUAAUAAUAAUAAUAAUAAUAAUAAUAAUAAUAAUAAUAAUAAUAAUAACAUUAAUAAAAAUAAUAAUAAUAACAUUAAUAAAAAUAAUAAUAAUUGUAAUAAUGGCACUGCCGCCCAGUUUGAAAAUCAACCUACAACCCCUAAAAAGCAAAACACAAGCAUGUUUACUGAUCCUUUAACUAAUGGUAAUAUUACUAAUAAUUAUAUGCCAAUUCCCAAUCUAAGCUUUCUAGAUAAUAACUAUUCCUUAAGUCCAAUCCAAGAAACAUCUCCAUCAGUUGAUAAUUCACCCAGGCUGAACUAG